CGCCGGAGCCCGCCGCCGCCGCUCCGCCUCUUCCUCCUGCGGCGCGGCGGGACGGCGAGGGGCCGCCGGCCCUAUGGAGCCGGCGCUCUUCGCGUGGGGUGCAAACAGCUAUGGACAGCUUGGUCUUGGUCAUAAAGAGGAUGUGAUGGUACCUCAGUCACUGAAAGAUGUUUCCUGCAAAUGUCAAGACGUUAAAAGCAUUACUGGAGGAGGGGGACAUUCCGCAGUUAUCACUGGUGCGGGAGAACUCUUUGUUUGUGGCCAUAACAAAGACGGGCAGUUGGGAUUGAAUCACACAGAGGACGUGCUGCAUUUUACUUUGUGCGCUGCCCUGUCUGGCUUCUGUGUAAAACAAGUUGCCUGUGGCUGGGAUUUUACAAUCAUAUUAGUAGGAUCUGGGCUAGUUCUGUCCUGUGGGUCUAACUCUUUUGGACAAUUAGGAGUUCCUCAAAUAUCAAGUCCAUGCUUGAUUCCACAAAAGAUUGAGUCUCUCAAAGAGAAGGUGGUGGAUGUUGCUGCAGGACUGAGACAUGCCCUUGCUGCUACAGAGAGUGGUUUGGUGUUUCAGUGGGGAACUGGCAUGGCAUCUUGGGCAAAGCGUGCAAACCAAGGAAAAACCCUCCCUCUGUUCUUGACAGCGAAGGAGCCCUGUGAAGUAACAGGCCUGGAAGAUGUAAAGGUGAAGAGGGUUGCUGCAAGCUCCUAUCAUUCGGUAUCACUCACAGAUGAAGGACACCUGUAUGUCUGGGGUAGGAACAAACAUGGGCAGCUAGUGAGCAAAGAGAUCUUCCUUGUUGAGCCCAAGAAGAUUGAGACUCAGUUUUUCUCACAUGACAAGAUUGGAGCAGUUUGGAGUGGCUGGACCCACUUGGUGGCACAAACAGAAAAUGGCAGGGUAUUCACCUGGGGCAGGGCAGACUAUGGGCAACUUGGAAGGCGUGCAGUGGUUCCUGAUGGGCAAGAGGAGUGCAUAGCAUCUGAACACUUGGAGUUGUGCAACAUCCCUAUUUCAGUGCCUUGCCUAAACGGAGCAUCUCAGAUCGCAUGUGGCUCAGAGCAUAAUCUGGCAGUAGUUGCUCAUAGUUUGUCUAGGGUUGAGCUCCUGUGCACUGUCAUUAUGUUUCCUGCGAGACACUAUACCACAUCUACAGGGAUAAUUCUGCUGCGUCAAGAACCCUACAAAAGAUGGGUGGCUGGUGCUUCUCUUGGGGAUGGAAUGAACAUGGGAUGUGUGGUGAUGGCACAGAAGCAAAUGUUUGUGUCCCGAAGCCAGUCAAAGCUCUUGGUUAUGCAAAACAGCUCUUAAUUGGAUGUGGAGCAGGACACUCCAUGGCUCUUUGUCAAACUCCACAUUAGACUUGGUACACCUGAAAUCAUAGCAUCAUGGAUGUGGAUGGACAUCUUUGGAUUGCCUAGCUCAGAAAUGCUACAAGAGGAUUGCCCAUGAUGCAGAAGAAGUUCUUUUCUAAGACUGAAGGGAAAGAGCAUGCAUCAAAAACUAUAAUAUUUAAAAAAAUGUUUCAUGUGUCCUUUUCACAGGAUUUACUUUCUUACCCACAGAUAGAAUGACAAACAUUUUGCCUUCAUGCAAUACCACUGAAGAAAGAAUGAAGUUUUCUUGUUCUUCUGAGAAGUCUUUGAGGAAGAAACCAGCUGCUUAAUUGCUUAUCAUUGGUGUAUAAGUUCAGUCUGAGGAAAUGGUCUGAGAAGGUGGAGUCAUAGGGCCCCUUCUAGUCUUUUAUUAUUGUAUCUUUAUGUCAUGAUGAGCGUGUGUUGCUCCCCUGCCAACUUAUAAUGGAGUUGUGAGCUCCCAGCCUCUCAGAAAAUCCAGUUUGCGUCCUAGAGAAAUGCCAGUGUACAUAAAUAGAUGCAUACAUACAUUUUAAACAGAAGAUUAGGAUUUAAAAUGAAAAAAAGGAGACAUAAUUUGGAAGGCUGGCAAAAGGGGACAAUGAGGCCCUUCUGAACUAGCUAUAUCUUGAUUAAACUGUGAAAGGAGCAGUAUUCCUGAAGAAUUAUCUUCUGUGCCAGACAUCAGUUUAUUACAGAUUUACAGGGAUACAAAUUCGCAUGAAUUAUUAUUAACUUGCAAAUCUAACCUGAAUUUUCUGAAGCUACUGCUUAGGGAAGAAAAACUUCUAAGAGCUCUUGGAAACAAUAGAAGAGUUCUUGUCAAAGGGCAUAAGACAGCUGUAGCUGUUAAGGGCAGUUCAUUCUGACACAGCACCUGUGUUUCCAGCUGCCUUCGAAUAGGAAGAUAUCACAAUCUAAACAGAAAGUUCUUACAAGUUCUCCAGCCUAAAAGGCAGACCAGAAUGCUCUUGAUAAUUUCAGGUUAGUUCAGGCAUCUGUUUCACAGCCCAACUGAGUUCAGAGCAUGCCCACAGCACACGUUCCAGGUGAGUGCUUGGCAGAGAAUGCAGGCCUACCUAUUUUGAUAGGAGAAAUGAAAAAGUGUAAAUUAUCUUCAUGUAUUAUUAGUUACCUAUGUUGAGUAGAGUUUUGGAAGCUAUUUAUAAAAUUGUUUUUCACACAAAUACAGUGGAUGCCAUUAAACUGGAUGUUUACCACCCACGAUAGUUACAUUUGCUGUGGUAUUUGAUGUAUUUCAAGUUCUAAACAUAGAGAAUACUACUGUGUGGUAAAUGCACCUUUUAAUGAGACCCACUGUUGUUUAAUUUUUAAAGCAGGCUUGCCAGGAAAGAAGCCUUACAGAAUUACAAAUACUCAGAGAAGCGCUCUUAGGAAAUAGGACAGGAAGACUUUCUAAUGAUAUAUCAGCUUACACAUGAAGGGGAAGGAAUUAAGCUGGUAAUAGGGGCUGCAAGGCUUUCCCCCCCUUGGUUUUACAGCAGUUAGAGUUUAUGGCCUAAUUUUCAAAGGCAUUUUCUUUUUCUAUUCAAUGGAUGAGAAAUUUGAACUGACUGUGAAGCUGGUUAUAACAAUUGUAUUGCAGAUACUGAAAGAAUCUAUAGGAAUAAUCAAAUGGGUCCUCUGCAAAAAGUGCAGAAGUAAGACUUCUGUUGUAAAGUGUUUUUUUUUUAAAUCUAUAUGUUGGUUGUGGUUCUUCAUGGCAAUAUACCAUUCUGGGCUGUGACCUCUUGCACUCUUUACUUAUGUUGCUAUUUAUGGACUCUCCUCACUGCCAUUUUCUAGAUACCUCUAGCCUCUCUAUUAUAUGCACAAAACAGUUUCUCAUGCUUUGUUUGGCAGUUCUCUCUGAGGUUUCUACCUUUGUUUUCCUCCAAAAUCUGUGUACCAAAUAAGCAUGUUAUCUUGUUUCAGUAAUUGUACCCUCUGAAUAAUUCUGUCCCUUGAUUAAUCACAGCUGGUAUGUGUGCCCUAUAACAUAGUGGUUACUGUACUGAGCAUAUUUUGACUGUGUAUGCUGUUGCUGCCAUUCAUUUCAGACGAAUACAACAAAUUAUGUAACAAAUAAAUAUGACGUGGUUAUUUGAAAUGCUCCCUUUUUCAAAUCUGUAACAUGAACACACUCUUGGAAAUUCAAAGUAGUAUUUGGGGUGAUAAGGAAGAAAGAAAGGAGUACUUUGGUUUGUUCUUGGUCUUGUUGUGUUUCAUAUCUGCAUCUGAUCUUCAUCUUUGAAUGGGUGAGAACUGUGUUUUCUCUCCUUUGUCUUGCCUGUAUAGAUUGAAAACUUGGGGAAGUAAUGAUUUUUCUUGAGAGCUUGACGUACUAAAUGCUUUGUUGUCGGUCAGGACUUCUACAUACUGCUGUAGUAUGAAGAGUGAAUAAUAAUUCAUUGUAGGUGGUACAUGGUUGAAUGUCAGAAACAAGUUGUUGCUCAUUCAUUCAGAAAUGAUGCCCUGUUUUGUAUGUCAGUAUGAUUUGUUUGCAGAAUAAAACAUUGCAUGAAAUCAGCUAAGGCUUUCUACUGUAAGAAAGGGAGUACUCGGUGAAAAGCUCAUAAUCAAAUGAAGAAAUCCCCUUCCUUGCUGGUAUCCAAAGCUCAGUGACUGUUGCCUGUUGAUGUCCUGAUGGAGAUGGUCAGUCUGUGUAAGGCAGAAUGCAGAGCUGGUGUGCUGUCCAAUGCUUCUGCAGUGCAUGCAAAGACAGACUUCUUUAUGCAGGUCUUCAGUGCUAAACAAAGAAAGCCUUUUAGGUAAGCAUUCUGCAUUCACAUUCAGAUGCAAAUAAACUGACACGGUUUGUAAUAUAUAUACACACACACACACACGCAUAUAUAUAAAACACUGGGACAAAGUAAGCAAGUGUCUGUGCAGCUGCUCUCCCCUCCCAUUUUCUGAGAAUAAGCAAACCUGCCAAUGAGCUGACAUUCAUGAGGGGGAAAAGGUGAACUUAAUAUCACAGCUUUGCUGGAGAACGAGCUGUGAACUGUUGACCUUCAGUCCAGAGAACUUUCAGGCUCUUGGGUGGAAGGGGAGAAGGAAGCUGUGUGUGUACUUCUGUUGUUUGAAGAGGAACUCAAGCUAGGAGAUGGGCAGUUGUUGCUCAUGAAGCCUCCAUGUGCACCUGUGCAAAACACUCCUGUUCUAUUUUAAAGAAUGCUGGUAGGAAGAUGUGUGUGUUGACUCGAGAAGUUUCUGUCUCUUGGAGGAUUUGUUUAGGCUGCUUGGCAGUCAUUGGUGUAAUUUGACUUUGUGUAGUGUACCUGAGUGACUUGAUGCUUUUCUGCUUAGAAUGCCAGACCCCGUAUUUGAAGUGUGUUCAUCUUGAGGAACAAUUCAGUCCUGCCUUUCUUCCUCUUUUUCCCAGUCACCACUUCUUACAUGACACUGGCUUCCCUCCCCUAUCUGCAUGUUGUCAGUCCUGUUGGUGACUAACUAGUUCUUGCCAUCUGCAGCUGCCAUAAAGGUCACUUCUGCCUGAAUGACAGGAGGUUUUGCUUGGCUACAGGGCUGAACACAGAGAAAUUGAGGGGGAGGGGAAGAAUGUGAUUUGAUUUUGCUUUAUAUGACAUUUUUUGAGUCAUAAGACUUAAAGAUGAGGAUGGCAAACAGGUGAAGGAGAUCAGUUUGAAUGUAUGGGAAAAAAUCUCAAUGAAUGGCAGUAAAGAGCCUUAUGUUGUCAGCUAAAACAUAGGGGAAAAGGAUGGCAGAGGGGGAAGAUAGAUUCAAGAUACAGGUCCUGAAGACUGAAUAAUCACCCAGAAAUAUCAGCAUUCCAUCCUGCCGGUAUGGUGGGAGUGAGAUGGGGGACAAGGUAUUCUAUUUCUUGGAUGUUGUUAUUCCCCCUCUCCCACUGUUCAUUAAUAAUAAUAUGAAUUAUUGACCCACAAUGGGUUUUCUUUCUCAUUCAUAGCACAUCUUGAAAUUUCCAGUUCUCUUCAGUUGGAACAGCAACAUCCAUCCUCACCUUCCAGUCUCAGAAGUCUUUUGAUCAGGCCUGUGACCUAGUCCAGCACUUAAUCAAGUACUUACUAUUUUUUCCAUUAAAUUCCAUGAAACUCUAGAUCUGAUUUUAAAAAGACUUAGGUAAUUUUGGGACUUCCAUUUCCUUUUCCCCUGUAUUGAAAAUCACGAUGAUGACAGAUCUUUGUCACUGAAAUAGCGAUGUUAUGUUUUCACCAAAAAGUUUCGUGUUUUCUUAGCAAUUUCAAUAUUUUUACGUCAUGUGGCAAGUCUUGCGCUUUUUCUUUUAACUAGAUAUAUUCUUAAAAAAGGCUCCAGAAUUUUUCAUCAGUAUUUGAGUCAUGUUUGUGGUAUUUACUACCAGCUUAUAGUUCAGAGCAGCUGAAAGAUCUGUAAAAGGAAGAAGAAAAUACUGAAGUGGAAAACAUAAGUCUUGCUUCUGAAAGGCUAGGAAUGGAUGCAGUCUGUGGUAGAGAAUCAUCUUGUGUGGUUUUGACUGUGCUUAAAAAUUUGGAGUUUACACUGAAUUUGCUGAAAACUCUGACACAAAAAUACUUGGACAUUUGAACUUUUGACAUAUCAAUAUCUUGAUUUAUGUACAAAAAAGAAAGUGGUUUGUGCUUUGUUCUUUUCUUCUAGCUUUUGUGCUAUUUUUAAUUCCUGAUAAAUGCCGAUCUUAGAUUUUUUUACUCCGUGUUAGAAAGAAUGGUGUAAUAGCCUUGAAUUAAAAUGCUUGGGUUGUAUGGAAGUAGCCUGUUGGAUGCAUGUCCCGAAAAAUAACUGCGAAGGGAGGUGUUUACCAUAUGUGCCUUUGAAGUUAAUUUGGAGAAACUGCAUGUGUAAAGCUGUUGUUAUUUUGUAACCCACUUAGAGGUUGAAGGGACUGAAGUAAGGCACAUUCGUUAGCUGUUGGCAGGUUUCAUUUGGGUUCAUCUGUCAGUUGUAUCUCCAUUCACCUGUUUUUAAUGCAGGGGCAGUUUUUACUUAUCAGUGCCCCUGUAGAACAUGGAAAGAGAGUAUGUGACUGAAAAUACUGAGCAAUGAAAAUGGUCUCUGUAUUUGAGUCAUGACCUGGAUGAACCACAUGUUACCUUGUGGGAGAGUGAGGAAGCAUAAAUUUAGAGUACUGGGAGAAAACAUUUUUCAGCUUGAUUAGAAACAAGAGCAAUAAAUAAAAGCUGGCUGUGUGGAUGAGAAGGUUCAGAGGUGACAUUUAUUUUGCAAAAAUUCCUCAGGCAUUUUUUUGUGACAUGUCAAAAUUCUACUCAUUUUCAGACAAGUCUUUGCAGGUUGGGAGGCAGUUGAGUUUGCGUCCAGUUCCUGUGUCGGCUAGCUUCUCAAUUAAUUUUCAUCUUUCUCAUCUGUUUCCAGGUUGCUUUGCCUAUGGACCACCUUGUAAUUCAGAUACAAUGCAGUUUUGGUGGGAGUUCUGUCUGCAGGGUUUGGGUCAAGACUUUGUCACUGGAAAUUGCAGAAUUUCUAUUCAAUAUUAUUCCAGUGCUCCCUGAACAUCAUAAACUUAUAAGACUCUGCAUUUUUACUUUUUUUUAAUAUAUAUUUAGAAGUGGAGCCAAGAAUUGGACAAUUUUUAUGUAAUGUUCUGACAUGAUUUUUAGGGGUUUUUUUGUUGCAAAUGUCAAUCAAAUCUAGCUUCUGUUUUGUUUUUACUGAUUUGAAUGCAUUAAGACAUGUGGUACCUAAAUUAGGGCAGCAGAGGAGUUGCCAAUCAGUAAUGAAGAUUCUCUGUCAUUUUAACUGUGUGGGUGCUUAAUUGUUUUCCAUAAUAAUCCUCUGUUUCAAAGUACAAAAGAAAAGGGAUUCCUAAUGGGCCAUUGUGCUCUUCUGCAGACAAGGAAACAUGGCAUCUUUUAAAUAAUGGAGAGAUGCUUCUCUCCUCUGGUGCCUUAAUUCUGAGUAGCUAGAUAUAAUAAAUAAUCCUACUUAAAUACUGCUUUUCCUCUUUUCAUCUCAGAACACUUUAAAAGGGGGAUAAAGUCAAAGAAACAGAAGCUGAGGCACAAAAAAUUGAAAUGACCCAACCAAGGUAACCCAGCAUGUCCACAGUGGAGCCAAGAAUAAAAUUUCUAUCUCCUGUGUCCCAGGCCAAGGCUCUACCUUCUAGGCUAGUGGUCCAUGAUGUUUUUUAGGUAAGCCUCACUGCUACUAAUUCCUUCUCUCCUUGCUCUUCCUUCCUCCUCGCCACUGACUGCUGUUUCCUCAUGUGCUCCCUUCCCUCCUACUUGCAUAACCCAUUUUUCAGACCCAUCCUAUGCCCUCCUCAUUUCCCACCUCUUGUGCUACUGCUGCCUUUUCUCCAGUCACCCACUCACACUGACACCACCACUGCAAAGCAUGGCUGCUACUGAGCUUAUUUGCUUGGGGUCAAGCCACGUGUCUCCUGUUCGUUCUGGUGUGACUCACUGUCAGCAGCCUCUGCAUAGAUGUGUUGUCCCUGCUAAGCCCUUUGGGCCCAGAAGCUGGGCAGGUACCUGAGAGUGAUAUCUGAGCUAAUACAACUGCAAUACUUUGCCUUUUGCUGACUCUAACCUACGCUCCAUGGGCAGCAGAGAAACCAGUGGAAGCCUUGGAGGAUGCGCUCUUAAUAUUUGGUACCUGGAGAUGUUUGGGCUUAUGUACUUCCAUAAAGUUCUUAAAAUGCUUAAGUGAAUGCUGAGGUUUGAAAAUCUGGCUUUGCCAGCCUGAACCAGGGAAUAUCUCUUUCCAUGGGGGCAAAUGAAUAUGCUUAGUUUUAAAGCAUUUGCUUUGUCAGAUAAGGAAAGAAAGUCAAGAGAUGGAGUUCUGGAUCCAUUUUCUAACUUGAAGUUCAAUUUAAAUUAAAAUAUUGUUCUUGAUUGCAAAUAAGCAUUUGUAUUCCCCUGAGAGAAAUGUUGCACCUACAGUCCUAGAUCAAUGUAGAUGCUUUGGGACUUCCGAACAGACAAAUAUUUUAUGCCCAAACUCAAGAAAGUGAGCGAGUUAAAAAUAACCUGCAUAAUUUAAGCACAUUUUCAUGAGGUGAGGUUAGUUUUGUGUGAGCUCAGAGACAAAGUUGCUUCCAGGAUAUAUACGGAAAGCAGAGAGGUAGGCUGCCUUGUUUUGAAACUAUGAAAAGGAUAUACAAAGUGGCAAAGUAACAACUGCACUUGGGUUUUUUUCAGGAUAUCUUUUUUGUAAGCAGCUCUGUGCUCAGUUCCUUUCUGAAUGCCCUUCCCUUAACCCUGCUUGCUCUCUUCUGUAUUUCAGUCUGCUCAUUUGUCCUAGCAGCCAUUUGUUUUAGUGAUGUAUUUUCUUUUUGGCCCUGAAACUUUAAGGAGAGAGAAGGCAAUUUAUGUGAAAAAUCACUUUAUCCAGAUUAAUAAUUGCUGCGCUCGACUGUUAUCACAGCGGUAUUAGCUAGAUUAUUUUUUUUUUAUGGAGUGAGAGAUCAGAAACCACUUUGCAUAUCCUUGCUGUCUGAAAUUGUAGUUGUGGAGACACAUCAGGUUGGUCCAGAAGAAACAAGUACCUUCAUGCAGAGGAAAAGCUAUAUCUGUAGAAGGUGUGCUUGAGAUGUGCUUUUAACAUUAGCAAGUAAUAAACCAUUAAUUGUCAGCGGGUUCAGAUGAAGGACCAGCAUUGGGUCCUAUAGUUGGGGGUCCGGUGCCAAAAGCUGAGUUUGCAGAGCAAGAAACCCAGACGUUCAUUUCCUGCAGUAAACAGGCGGCGUGUAACAGAAUAUGCUUCUGCUCUUACAAUGGUGUGAAGUCAGAAGUAGUUGGUGGUGUUAUUGCAAGCCUGAGGUCAGAACCUAGCCAUGUGUAUAGUUUUAAUGCUUUAAUCAAGAUACGUAUCUCCUGUAGUGGGAGUGGGCAGGCUUGAAGGAAUUAUUGUUUGAAUCAUAAUACCCCAGCAAAAGCUCCUUAAAUGUAAAACAGCUGGGAUGAUGUGGUAAAUUUGUCUGAGGAUUCAGUGCCAGGAUUCAGUGCAACAGCUCCUAAAAUUUUCCAGUUGUCUCCCUCUUUCCCUGUGUGUUGUCAGAGCUGCCUCUGUUGUGCAAGGGAAACUGGGGUCAGAUACACCUUAAGGUUUAGAUCAUCGCCUGAAGAGUGGUGCAUGGGAAGUGCUCUACCUUUUAUUUUCUGUUUACUUCUGAAGUGUUUAUAGAAGUCACCCAAAAGACAUGGUUACCUCAAAUCAGAAUCAGCUGAGAGGAGUACCGAAAGGAAAAUGGGACCGGUAGAUGUAAAAAGUAGCACAGAAUGACAAUUGCCUUAGGGCACGUGUACCCAACCUGUUAGCUAAGGCUCAUAUAUAUGCAAAGCGCAAUGGAAGGGGGAGACCGACGUGGGAUUUACAGGGCUGAAUUUAUAGUAAUCCUUAUGGUAAUGGAGAAUUUGAGCAGCCUUCACGCUGGGCCCUUGAGUUAGUUUUAAAUGAAAAAUGGGGCAAAUAAAUCUAUUUCUGGACUUUUAAUACAUUGUAAGAGGAAAAGUUGUUCAUUAGGCAACUUUUGGAUCCUGGAUCUUACCUCUGGAGGUAAGAAAUUGCCCGAUUAUCAGAUGAGAACAGCAGCAUAGAAACAGUGGGAGAAAAAUAGUUCUUGGGAGAAAGGAUAGUCAACUGAAGUAGAAAUCAAGUACAUAAUGCUACGUCAAGGACUACAAAGGAGUUUUCUAAUUACAUACAAAUUCAGAUUAUCAGCCUUUCUUGUAUUCUUAAAACACAACUUGAGAUCUUCCUUGAUUUUCCUUUUGGAGUAGAGUUUUGUGAAGACAAGGUCCAGCUGCAGUUGGUUUUUUUGUUUGUAAUUUAGCACUUACCGGAGCCAUGAGUGUUUCUUCUGGGUUUUUUGGGUUUAAUCUCUAUUUCUUCCAAACCAUAGGGAUACUAUUCCUUUACAUUUGCAUUCUCAUCAGCAGUCGCAGAUGCCAUUGCUUGCCUAGAAGGUUGCCAACUCCUUUAAGUUCCUCAGAUGAAGAUAAAGGUGUAUCCUUCCUUAUAGAAGUACUUUAACAAAAAUGCUCAAGCAACUAGUAUGCUGUUGACACAUAGUCCAUAGUUGUCAUAUGUAGCAUCUAAAAUGAAAUUUAAUCCCAUUCGUUUCUCGGUUCUUACUGCUGCAUGUUUUGUGUGGCAAAUAAAGUGCGACUUAGAUACUGGGAUUUCUUUCAGAGUUUCAUAUCAGGUGGACUGCUGUGGCUCAGUGAAGAACAAGUGAAGGACAGGGCCCAAAGAAGUAAGAAAAACUGAAUUCAUUUAAUCAGCUAAAAAGACAAACUUUUAUUAUUGUUGGGGAAGGAAAAGGAAGAUACCUAGAUAAUUAUAGGGUUUUUUAAUCUUCCCUCAUAAAAUUACUAAUGGUGUGGAUUCUUCAGACAUCAGUUGUAUCAAGUGUUUGCAGGCUUCAUUUAUUAUCUACUAACCAAAAUUAGCAUUGUAGAACCAAAGCAAUACCAAGCUUUUUUCCUACGUAUCUGUUGAGAACACUGUAUUUAUUCAAGAUUUUUAGAAGCAAGUCUCUGGAAACCCCUGAUCGCUUCAGAAAAGGAUUCCCCUUUACACUAUACAGCAGGCACUGAAACCAUGAUACAAAAUUUAUUUCAUGCUAGAAUUGUUUUGCAUAACAUUGUGCAUGCAUUUUACUCAGUACUAAAUUGCAUACAAUGCUGUUGUCUUGUUUCUUAAACUUUGAGACCAUUUAUACUUGAGUAUUUUCCUGAUUUUGUACUAUAAGUCCCAGUUUUAAAAUAACACCUCUGUUUAAAAUUCAUACUGAUUACUUAUAUGAACAAUUUAUGAAGGGUCUUUACGUUGGAUCUAUACAUCAAUAAAAUACAACAUAACCAGAGCUGGAAAAUUAAAUCUAGGCCAGCUGUUACUGUCAGGUCCAAAGGAAGGUCCCAUGUGUCACAAGCAUGCCAACAAAAACAGACAGGAAAAAGUUUUUCUUAUUUUUAUACACUUCUAGUUGGAUUAAAAGUUCUUGAUUUCCAUGUCGGUGUGAUGAACUGUGAAGGCGUGGUCAAUAUGACCGAUGACUGCCUGAUUGCACUUUUUAAAACCAUUACUUUGUAUCUUGUAUACAAAAAGAAGCAAUCCAUAGCAAAGAAAUGUACAGUUUUAUAAUGUUUUACAUUUUGGCUACAACAAUGUAUGUAAAAGUAAAGAGCUUUGAAAGAAAAUAUAUAACUUUGCUUUUUUUUCUCCUUAA